AUGCCCUUAAAUAUCCAAAGAUCUAUUCACAUGUAUUUGAACCAGUUUCUUCAAUUAACGCUGUUAAUUUGCUAUCUGCAGUUUUUGCAUUUUGUAUCGACGAAAUUUCUGUUACAAAUACCUUUUGUGAUCUUGAAGACAAGCCAAGAAAAAUAUGAUGUUAGUGUGUUCUAUCCGGUGCUUAAAGGCUUUGAUCGAUAUGCCUACACACGAUCUAUAUUAGGAAAUAAUUUUGUGGAUGGCAUGAUUGAAAAAUCGCAGAAAAAUGAGAGUGAAUUGUUGGAUAAAGAACUUGGACUUACGCAAGGUAAGGCCCAAAGUAUAUUGGCGCCAUCUACACAAAAAGAGGUUUUGGGGAAGUAUGUUGACGAUGAUAUUUCAACUUUGUUUUCAAGGCAUGCUGCAGAGCAGUUCUUGAAUUACUUGGUUGAGGUGGAUGAUUUCUACAAAGUUCCAGAUUUCUUGGAUGAGCUUGUGGAAAUGUUUGAGAAUUUGAGUCAUGACAGCAGAACCAACCCUUCGUUAGAGCAAAGUGAAAAGCAUUAUUGGGAGUGGAAUCUUUUAACGAGAGAAAAUCUAUACGCAGAAUACACAAAAAAGACUAAGAUGGAGUUCAAUGAAAAGAGUUUGAAGGCUACUCUAAAGGCUGCUGACCACCGAAAUCAAGUAUUUCCAUUGGUUUUCGAGAACUGUAUUGUUUUUUUGGUGAAUAUCUCGACAGAAAAAAAUAAGUUUGAUACACAUGUAAAGGUUGUUGUCAUUUCAAAUAGGGCCUCGACAAAUGAACGUGCUGUUUUAAAAAAUUAUGCGUUGAAACGUCUUGUUGAAAUGUACGUUUGGCAGUAUAAGAGGCUUGUGAAGAAUAUUGAUGUUUCUCUUCUUAUUUUGAAGGAUCAUUCACCGUACAAUGUGCUAAUAUGUACGCUUUACUGUCUCCACCACUUUGUUUUUAAUGGGGAUUUUUCACUUGACAUAAAACCAGACGUUGCUACUUUGGAUAACUAUGGUAUAAGGUUGCAACAGCUUAUGCAUGAUAUUGUUGGUAAUAAUGUCUCAAAGCGUAACGCUGACUACAAGGGAAUGAUCAAAUACCUUCAUUAA